CUAUCUGACAGUUCAUUACCGCAUGACAGUUUCGUUUGAGUGCAGAAAAUUUUCAUCACGGAACGCUUCGUGCAAGUCGAUGGAAGAUUGUGUAAUAAAUAAGAAAUAAAAUCAAUUGCGCUUUUUAGACAAUUUCGUAUCGAAUGUGUAGCUACCAAGCAAAAUAGAUAAACCCACAGGAAGAGCUGAACAUGGCAUACCGAUUGUUAACCACGGCCCGCCGGUUAGAAUCAACUUUGGCAAGUUUAAAUCGGCAACAUCGUACCGUCAAUACCAAUGACUGCGAACAGAUAAUAAGAAGCUUGAGCAGCCUGCAGUCAAGUAAAAACAAAGUUUGGAACGAAUUCCUGCAUCGAAUACAACUGUUUUGUGAGAACCCUCCGAAGGGAUUCGAGAAGUAUUAUAAACAAGGUGGCAAAAAGACUACUUCCACAGAAGAAGCCACAACUUCGAAAUCCCAAGACCAAGACACGAAAGCAGCCUCCGAAGAUGGGACUUCCAGCAGUUCCAAAAACCAACAUACGCAACCCCAACAACCGGCGAAAAAUGACUGGAACCUAGGAAUGUUUGGCCCGCAGUCAACAAGAAGUAAAGGUGGAAGUAGCGGGAACGCGGGUGGUGGUGGAGGUGCUGGGAGGCCUAUUGGCGGCGAAGGCGGUGAUAAGGAAAAGAUGAUGGUCUUUGGUGCCCUGGCAGGGGUUGCGUUGAUUUCGGCUAUUGCAUACUUCGAAAUGGGUUACAAAGAAAUUGCUUGGAAAGAAUUUGUUAAUAAUUAUCUUGCUCGCGGAAUUGUCGAAAAGCUUGAAGUUGUGAAUAAGAAGUGGGUCCGAGUUAGGUUAACACCCGGAAAUGCCACUGACGCAACGGGCACUUUAUGGUUCAACAUUGGCAGUGUUGAUUCAUUCGAGCGCAAUUUAGAAAACGCCCAAAGCGAUAUGAAUAUUGAACCUGUAAACUUUGUUCCGGUGAUCUAUCGAAGCGAAAUCGAAGCUUCAAGUUUAACAGGCAUUCUACCUACACUUCUUAUCAUUGGAUUUUUGGUGUACAUGAUGCGACGUUCGUCGGAGAUGAUGGGCGGCCGUAAAGGUAUGAAAGGUGGUGGCUUGUUCGGAGGAGUUAUGCAGUCAACAGCAAAAUUAAUCAAUGCAAACGAAAUAAGCGUAGGUUUCAAGGAUGUUGCCGGUUGUGAGGAAGCGAAAAUAGAAAUUAUGGAAUUUGUUAACUUUUUGAAAAAUCCUCAGCAAUACAUAGAUUUGGGAGCGAAAAUCCCGAAAGGAGCCAUGUUGACAGGACCUCCUGGAACGGGUAAAACACUCCUUGCCAAAGCAACGGCUGGAGAAGCAAACGUUCCUUUUAUAACCGUGUCUGGAUCGGAGUUUCUGGAAAUGUUUGUUGGCGUUGGUCCGUCUCGUGUUCGAGACAUGUUUGCAAUGGCCAGAAAACAUGCCCCUUGUAUAUUGUUCAUUGAUGAAAUCGACGCAGUCGGUCGAAAACGAGGUGGCAAGAGUUUUGGAGGACAUUCCGAACAAGAAAACACUCUGAAUCAAUUGCUGGUGGAAAUGGAUGGUUUCAACACUACUACUAAUGUUGUAGUCCUAGCGGCAACGAACAGAGUUGAUAUCUUGGAUAAAGCAUUAUUGCGGCCGGGCCGAUUCGACAGACAAAUAUUCGUACCUGCCCCGGAUAUCAAAGGCCGUGCCAGUAUUUUCAAAGUGCAUUUGGGACCUCUUAAGACCGAUUUAGAAAAAAAUGCGUUAGCUAGAAAGAUGGCAGCGUUGACCCCUGGAUUCACUGGAGCCGAUAUCGCAAAUUUGUGCAAUGAAGCCGCUUUGAUAGCGGCCCGUGACUUAAACAAGUCCAUAAUACUGAAACAUUUUGAACAAGCUAUAGAACGUGUCAUCGCUGGUAUGGAAAAGAAAACAAAUGUUCUAGCACCUGACGAAAAACGUACAGUCGCUUACCACGAAGCUGGCCAUGCCGUUUCCGGAUGGUUCUUAGAGCAUACUGAUCCUUUACUUAAAGUCUCGAUUAUCCCGCGCGGCAAAGGAUUGGGCUAUGCACAAUACUUGCCCAAAGAUCAAUAUCUGCUAUCGACAGAGCAACUUUUCGAUCGUAUGUGUAUGACGUUGGGAGGACGAGUAUCAGAGGAAUUGUUUUUCGGCAGAAUCACCACAGGUGCCCAAGAUGACUUGAAGAAAUUAACCGACAGCGCAUACGCACAGAUUACUCGCUUUGGUAUGAAUAAAAAAGUUGGCCAAGUCAGCUUCGAUAGUUCACAACCGGGGGAUCCUAUGUUCUCAAAACCGUACUCCGAACAAACAGCUCAGCUCAUUGAUGAAGAGGUGCGACUGUUAAUCGAUCGAGCAUACAAACGGACGAAAGAAUUGCUUGUCAAACAUAAGGCAGACGUGGAGAAGGUCGCUGAACGACUGUUGAAAAACGAAAUUCUUAGCCGAGAUGACAUGAUCGAGCUGCUAGGCAAGAGACCUUUCCCGGAAAAAUCCACUUACGAAGAGUUCGUUGAAGGUACCGGUUCGUUCGAAGAGGACACUACAUUACCGGAGGGCUUAACCAGUUGGAACAAAGAAAAAGCGACAGCUGGCGAUGCGAAGGAAGGUGAUGCGAGUAGUAAAAAAUCGGAACCAACCAAAGCGUAGUCUGCAUUUGCUUUUUUAUAGAUGUGCUGAAAGCUUACAAAAAGUUUGGAUCACGAAUCAAUCGACACAAGAAAAAUAAAAAUUGUUAUUGACAGUUGCA